CUUCUUCAAUUCUUUUAGUACCCAUUUGAUCUGCUCUCUCUCUCUCUCUCUCUCUCUCUCUCUAGAACACAAACCCCCCAAUCAAUACUUAAUCAUAAAGCUCAGAUUGUGAGUGAAGUGUGUGUGGUGUGGUGAUGGAAACCCUAUCGAGCUCGUCUUCAAUGGUGUUUUCAGACAAUUACAGAGACAGAGGCUAUUACUCUCCGAGAGAUGUUGUGGGUAGACAAGAAAUUCGUUUCUUAUCAUCUCCAGCACAUGUUAGACUCGGUUUCUCUCAUUCGAUUUCUCUGCAGCAUAAGAUGAUUCAACCUAUUUUUGUAUCGUCUGAGACCCAGAAGAACUUGCAGAAUGAAGAAACUCAAAUCCAAGAUACAUCGAAAACCGUUCAUGUCAAAAUUCCAUUGCAGAAGGAGUGUGCGUUUGGUGAGAAAUUUCACAUUGUGGGGGAUGAUAUUAUGUUCGGUUCAUGGGACCCUUUGAGUGCAAUACCGUUGGAUUGGUCAGACGGACACGUAUGGACUGUCGAGCUGCAGGAUAUACCUAUCGGGAAGUCGAUCCAGUUCAAAUUCAUACUAAAAGGAAGUACUGGGAACAUCCUGUGGCAGCCAGGCCCCAACCGGAUUCUUGAGACAUGGGAAACGAAGAACACGGUCUUGGUUUCUGAAAAUUGGGACUACAAUGAACUUCGGAUGCUCAUAGAGGAAGAACCAACUUCUAUUGAAAACAUCGAGUCUACAAGUAAUACAGAUACGCUAAUCGUUGUGGAAGACUUGAGUCAGGCAAGAGUAGACAAGGAAUCAGCCUCUACCGUUAUCAUAACAAAUAAUCCUACGGAGAAGCCAUUGCCAGGGAAAUCUUUGUCUAUGGUUGCAGAAAAUAUCAUUGAUCCAGUAAAAGAACCCCGGAUCCAAACAAGAACAGUUGAUUAUGCUAAAGAAGAACAUGUUCAUAAUCCUAUGGAGAAGCCAUUGCCAAGGAAAUCUUUGUCUAUGGUUGCAGAAAAUAUCACUGAUCCAGUAAAAGAACCCCAGGUCCAAACAAGAACAGUUGAUUAUGCUAAAGAAGAACGUGUUCAUAAUCCUACGGAGAAGCCAUUGCCAGGGAAAUCUUUGUCUAUGGUUGCAGAAAAUAUCACUGAUCCAGUAAAAGAACCCCGGGUCCAAACAAGAACAGUCGAUUAUGCUAAAGAAGAACAUGUUCAUGUUUCAAACAAGGAUAUGGUUACCGGAGAGAAUGCUCUUGGAAAUAAUGACUGGUCCGGGACUCCCAAGAGUUUCCCAGACACAAAAGACGAGGCAAACCUGGCUUCCUAUGAAGGUGAUCCGGUUUUAAUACCAGGCUUGACUCCAUUAACCACAGAGGAUACUGAAGAAACAUCCCCAUCGAAAGAUAGAAAACACGUUGUUGCUAAUGCUCCCCUCGGUGUCGACAAACAAGCUGACGAGCACAAUGUGCCAGAGAUGCAAGUUGUUGACAUACUUCAGAUUUUUCACAUGUACUCCAACCAAAUGAAGAAAAUCCCAAACGACAAUGACUCGUCACAUCCCAAAGAUUCGGCUGAAAUGAUGUUCAAUGACAAGGAAGAACAACUACAUGGCAAUGAACAAACAGAACCCGUUUCAAAGCAACUCGGAGACGUCUUGGAAAACGACGUUCAAUGGGGCCGUAGAACUCUCCAGAAACUUCUUACUAGUUUUGGCUUCUUUUGGCUGUAGAACUCUCCAGAAACUUCUUACUAGUUUUGGCUUCUUUCAGCUCCAAAUCGACUAAAAUAUCUUCCUUGGUGUUUGUUAUAUGUGCAUUAGGUACUUCAUCAUAACCUCGUAUGCUUUUAUGUGAACUUGGUUACUUCAUUAUGACCUUGUAUGCUAUCUCAAAGAUUGCCUAUUCUCAAGCAAAAAAAAAAAAAGAGAAGAAGAAGAAGAAGAAGAUUGCCUAGGUUCUUGUUGUAUUUGGGAUGCUUAUAAAAAACCUCAGUUGAAGUGUGAAAGGAGAUUUUGUAAUGUAUUCUUUGUACCAUUCCUUGA